GGUCUGAGGGGACCAGCGCGCGAGCCCAGCGAUGGGCCCUGCGGCAGGGCUGGCAGCGCUGCUGGCGGUGCUGGCGCUGAGGGCAGGGGACGCAGCGGGGGUCGCGACCCGCGGGGACACGUUCUCAGCGCUCACCAGUGUGGCGCGCGCCCUGGCGCCAGAGCGCCAGCUGCUGGGACUGCUGCGGCGCUACCUGCGCGGGGAGGAGGCGCGGCUGCGGGAUUUGACCAGAUUCUAUGACAAGGUUGUAUCUCUGCAUGAAGAUUCAGCAACUCCUGUGUCCAACCCUCUGCUGGCAUUUGCUCUCAUCAAACGCCUACAGUCUGACUGGAAGAAUGUGGUGCAUAGUCUGGAGGCCAGUGAGAACAUCCGAGCUCUGAAGGACGGUUAUGAGAAGGUGGAGCAGGACCUGCCAGCCUUCGAGGACCUUGAGGGAGCAGCCAGGGCUCUGAUGCGGCUGCAGGACGUGUACAUGCUCAAUGUGAAGGGCCUCGCCCGAGGUGUCUUUCAGAGGGUCACUGGCUCUGCUGUCACAGACCUGUACAGUCCCAGGCGGCUUUUCCCCCUCACAGGGGAUGACUGCUUCCAAGUUGGCAAGGUGGCCUAUGACAUGGGGGAUUACUACCACGCCAUUCCGUGGCUGGAGGAGGCGGUCAGUCUCUUCCGAGGCUCUUACGGAGAAUGGAAGACAGAGGACGAAGCAAGUCUGGAGGAUGCCUUGGAUCACCUGGCCUUUGCCUGUUUCCAGGCGGGGAAUGUUUCGUGUGCCCUCAGCCUCUCCCGAGAGUUUCUUCUCUACAGCCCAGAUAAUAAGAGGAUGGCCAGGAAUGUCUUGAAAUAUGAAAAGCUCUUGGCAGAGAGUGCCAGCCAGGCUGUGGCUGAGACUGUCAUCCAAAGGCCCAACAUACCCCACCUGCAGACCAGGGACACCUACGAGGGGUUAUGUCAGACCCUGGGUUCCCAGCCCACUCACUACCAGAUCCCCAGCCUCUACUGUUCCUACGAGACCAGUUCCAGUCCCUACCUGCUGCUCCAGCCCAUCCGGAAGGAGGUCAUCCACCUGGAGCCUUACGUUGUCCUCUAUCAUGACUUUGUCACUGACGCCGAGGCUCAGAAAAUUAGAGGGCUUGCAGAACCGUGGCUGCAGAGAUCCGUGGUGGCAUCGGGCGAGAAGCAGUUACCAGUGGAGUACCGCAUCAGCAAAAGCGCCUGGCUGAAGGACACUGUUGAUCCAAUGCUGGUGACCCUCGACCAUCGCAUUGCCGCCCUCACAGGCCUUGACGUCCAGCCUCCCUAUGCAGAGUAUCUCCAGGUGGUGAACUAUGGAAUUGGAGGGCACUAUGAACCUCAUUUUGACCAUGCCACGUCGCCAUCCAGUCCACUGUACAGAAUGAAGUCCGGGAACCGAGUCGCGACAUUUAUGAUCUAUCUGAGCUCUGUGGAAGCCGGAGGAGCCACAGCCUUCAUCUACGGCAACUUUAGCGUCCCUGUGGUCAAGAAUGCGGCACUGUUUUGGUGGAACCUGCACAGGAGUGGUGAGGGGGACGGUGACACUCUUCAUGCUGGCUGUCCGGUCCUGGUAGGAGAUAAGUGGGUGGCCAACAAGUGGAUCCACGAGUAUGGACAGGAAUUCCGCAGACCCUGCAGCUCGAGCCCUGAAGAGUAAAACGGCGGAGAAGCUGGGAGUCCUGUGGCUUCCCAGAGGUGCCCGAGGCCAGACGCUGGGGUAAGAGAGGAGGAGGAGAGCAUGCUUCUGGAGGAGGCCUUGCCAGCCUUGCCGGCUCCUUGCAGAUGGGAGACCAGGAAGUGAUCCCCAGCGGGGACACGUGAUGAGACUUACACUGUUUCUCCUCAAAGCCUGAGUCCCAGGAGGGGCGAGGAGGCUGGAGAGUGGUUCUUGGAGUUCAGACCCUCUGUGUUGGGAACAGGACAGAACACUCUCUGGGCUCUGGUCAGUGCAGCUUUUGCCACUUUGAGCCUUGACCACAGGGGCCCAGACGUGGCAGUGUAGACACCUGCAGGCAGUGCCUGACACCCAUUAGCCCUUCUGCUGAGGACUGAGCAGGGGUGUCUCUGUAUCAGGAGUGCACUUCAUGCGAUGAUUUUUAAAGUAGUAGAAAAAAAGUAACUCUUUUUUUUAAUAUGAUUUUUUAAUACAUCCAUUAAAAAGUUUUGUCAUUAAAAAUGUUUAC